AUGGCGGACAGUAAAUUCUGUGCCGGUUGUCAGCGCAGUGAUGAAGACAUUACAGCUGUAUCUUGGUGCAGUGACUGCAGUGAACUUGUAUGCAAGACGUGUUCUAGAGUUCACGAAAGGAUGUCCCCGCCUCACAAGAUAGUACCAAUGAAAGAGAUACAACAACUCAGUUCGUCACUUCUUACAUUGUCCAAGAACUGUGACAGUCAUCCAGAUCAAAAGAUUGCACUGUACUGCUGUCAACAUGACAAGGUAGUCUGCGUGUCAUGUGUUUCGAUAUCACAUCAAAAUUGCAAGUCUAUCAUUUCAAUUGAAAAAGCUGCUAGAGGCGUGAAAGAUGGUACCGCUAUUUCUGAUCUAGAGAGAAGAAUUUCAAACCUUUGUCAAGUUACAGAGAACAGACGGAGUCAAAGUGAGAAAACACUUGUAGAUUUGGAAAAGAGUCGUACCAAAAUAAAGACAAGGGUGUCAGAAAUCAAACAGAAAGUCAUUGCUCAUUUAGAUACGUUAGAAGCAGAGAUACAUAAAGAUAUUGAUUCUAAGUAUAAAAAUUGUACUGAGAGUGUGUCCCGAAAUAAAAAUAGCAUACAAUCCAAUGCAGACUCGCUGUGUACAUGGAAAAGGGAUUUAAAUUCACUGAAGCAACAUACAUCAGAAGUUCAUUUAUUCCAGGUGGUAAAAUUUCUAGAUGCAAAAGCUUACCAAAAAGAAUUAGAAAUCAGAGAAAUCCAAACAGCUACUGUUCCGAUACUUAAAUAUCAUCCGUCAGAAUUUGAGUCGAAAAUGAAGAAACUAGUCCAAGACUUAGGUACAAUAACGGUAGAAAAUGUCCAAGUCCAAAUGCCUGUACUAGAUAUCGAUCAACAAGGUCAAUUUCUCAAUAGGGAUAAAAGAAAGUUAUCACUGGCACAGUCAUUCCCGACCACAAAAUUAGGUACUGGCGUAAGUAUCUUUAGAGGAUGCUUUAUAUCUGGCUAUAGGUUACUCCUCUGUCACUACAAUGAGAAACGACUUAUUGUUUGUAGACUUGAUGCAUCAAACUUUACUGUGAUUGAAAUGGAUUAUUCACCACACAACAUAAGCUUAUAUGACAAAACCCAUGUUGUAGUAUCUGUAGUUGAUAAAGGUAUCCAGAUCAUCGAUCUGACAUCAUUGAAGCCUGGAAGGACAAUUAAAGUUGAAGGAAACUGUUAUGGAAUUACCAGUGUAAAUGAAAAGAUAUGGGUAAAAAAUAAACCUUACACUCUAACCAUUGUGGAUAUCAAUGGUAAAGUUUUUAAAGUAAUAAAAACAACAUUUAAUCCUAAUGAUAUCUGUGCAAAUCAAGAUGGUGAUGUCUAUUGCACUGACAACCAAAGUAAUAAAGUAUACGAAGUAACAUCGGAUGGAAAAGAACGUGAAAUAUACAGCAGUCCUGACCUGGACGGUUCUUAUGGUGUAGCCGUAGAUGACCGUGGUGAUGUGUAUGUAGCAGGAUAUACAUCAAACAACAUACAUAGAAUAUCUAAUGAUGGACAGACACAUGACAUUGUCUUGUCAGCAGACGAUGGCAUCUAUAGACCGUUCGGUUUAUCUUACAACAAUGAAACAAAAGAACUGUUAGUUUUCAACGAUUAUGGCGAUUCUAUCAAUAUUUAUAGAAUCCAAUGA